AUGCUUUCUGUCCUGAUACACCCUGUAGUUCUUGAUGAAGUGGCUGGGCCGUCUAAUAUUGACACCGCUAUCCCGAGAAAAAGGAGGAAACUGGUGGCAUCUUGUAGGAACUGUGGAUUUCUGGCUGACAACGAGGAUGAACUUGAAAGUCACCAGUGUACUGAAGAAUUGAGAGAAUCUCAAGAUCCCUCAACUCAAGAUCCCUCAACUCAAUCUCAAGAACCCUCCUCUGAAGGAAAUGAUCAACAGAAUGCUGCGGAUGAAACGUUAAAAUCUAAGAACCGGCAUAAAAAGACUAAAUGCAACGACUGUGGUUCAGUUAUGCGUGCUGAUAACUUAAAAGGACAUGCCAGCAAGUGUAAAAUUCGCUGUAAAGACUGUGGAAAGCGAGUGCCUCCGGCCGAAUUUAAGGAUCAUAAGGAGAUUCAUGAAUGGAAUCUUAGGAACAGUUUCCCGGAGUCAUCUGCCUCCUUAUCACAAAAUGCAGAUGACGAAGAUUUAGACCAGGGCGAAUUUAACGACAUCUAUGAGGAAAAUUCCAGUGACAAGGCUAGCUUUAUUCGGAAAUUAGAAAGUGUGGAUCUGAUUACAGCGAUAUCCAGACCCAACAGUCAAUGGACCAUCGCUAAAGUCACAAAUGCUACAUUUUUCGUCUACAAGCUCACAGGAACUCCUAUUGGGUCACCAGUUGAACUUCCAGCACAUCUUGCCAACAACAAAGGUUUGAUAAGUUUAACUAAAAGGAAGGGAAAGGCUUACAACGACAAGUUGUGUUUCUUCCGAAGUCUUAGUCUUCACAUGGGGCUGCCCCUUGAUGGACUGGAAGGGAAAGCAAAAGAGCUGAAAAACUUGUAUUGUGAAAAAGCUUCUAUCAAGGAGUUUGAAGGUGUCACCUUGGAUCAACUAGAGGAGAUAUCGCGCAUCUUCAAAGUUGCAAUAAAUGUUUAUGAACAGGAUGAAAAGAGGAACACCGAUUUGAUAUUUAGAACCAUCACGGAGUCUAACAAUCCUCUGAACCUUAACCUGUACGGCGAGCACUUUUCUUUUAUCAAGAACUUAGCCAUUUACUCACAGUCCUAUAGGUGUUCAAAGUGUGAUAAGAUAUGGUCUAGCUCGGGAAACUUCCAUAGACAUGUUCGGAAUUGUGAAGCAGGUGUUAAACACAAAUACGGCACCGGUACAUUUGAGCUCCGACCCACUGUUUUUGAGGCUCUUGAGGAGGAGGGAGUGUUCGUGCCACUUGAACUUCGACCAUUUCCAUUCAUGGCCACUUAUGACAUUGAAUGUAUGUUAAAGAAGGAAGUAGAUAUCAACGACACAGCCAAAAUAAACUAUACGUCUAAACAUGAGCUUGCGUCUGUUUCGGUAUGUAGUAAUGUACCUGGAUUUACCUCUCCGAAGUGUUUCAUCUUGCCUUGUGAGGGAGGUCAAAAGCAGCUUGCGAAGAAGUUUGUUGAUUACCUCAUGAAAAUCAGUGAAACUUCAUCUGCAAUUCUACGUGAAAGGUACUCGAAGUAUCUUGAUCAGAUAAGCUCAGAGAGGACACUUCAAAGAUUUGAAGAGCAUAUAACACAGUUGCCUGUGCUAUCGUUUAACGGUGCCAGUUAUGAUUUGAGAAUCUUAAAAGAGUUUAUUAUCCCUGUUAUCAUUGAUCUAGACUCACUUAAGUUUGUCAUAAAGAAAAGUACAAGUUACAUGGCAAUAGUGACUGAAGAGCUGCGUUUUCUUGAUGUAAUGUAUUACAUCGCACCUUCGUUUAACUAUUCUCAGUUCCUUCACGCCUACGGUGCUAACGCUCAGAAGGGUUUCUUUCCAUAUGAUUGUUCCUGGCUUGCGUUCAAAACUUUGAAACCUGAUGAAAAUUUUCUCCUAUUCAAUAAAAGAAACGCAGAUCUGGUAGAACUUUUCAGAGGAAAUAAUGUUGGUGGCCCUGCCAUCAUUUUCGAUAGAUAUCAGGAAGCAGGUGUCACAAAUAUCAGACAUAACAACGAAGGAAAGCAGUGUAAGAGAAUUUUGGGUUAUGAUGCAAACGCGCUGUACCUCUGGUGUAUGCAGCAACAAAUGCCUUGUGGUAUGUUUCUUCGAAGAAAACGGGAGGAUCUAUUCGAGAAGAAAUAUCCCAAACCUCAUUCUGCUGUGUGUGGUGAAUGGAUGGGUUAUCUUGAAACAACACGAGGGAUUGAUAUACAACAUGCACGCAAUGGGACUGAAUUUAGAGUAGGGAGCAGAAAAAUACCGGUGGAUGGUUAUUGCAGAGAAUCAAAGACUGUAUUUCAAUUCCACGGAUGCUUCUUCCACGGGUGUCUUUCCUGUUUUAAGUCUCCACAACACAACCGUGAAGAAUCUCGUAACGGUUGGAGAUCCUUUGACGAUCGCUAUAAGGCCACUGGAGAGGUAUCUGACUACAUUACUGAUGAGGGGUAUCGAUUAGAGGUGAUUUGGGAGUGCGAAUGGAAAGAUCUGAAGAAAACUGUCGAAUUCAAAAACAAAUACUUGUAUCCGGGAGAGUCGAAUGUUUACAUGAGAGAGUCCCAGAUACUAGCUAUGGUGAUGGACGGCAGCAUGUUUGGUGUAGUUGAAGUGGAUAUUGAGGUUCCGGAAGGAUUGAAAGAUCAUUUCACUGAGAUGACACCAAUCUUCAAAAACACAACUAUAUCCUUAUCAGACAUUGGAGUUUACAUGACGGAUCAUUUGGCUAAAUCCAAACAGAAUUUCCGCGAUCGGAGAUGUUUAAUUGGAUCUAUGUUUGGAACCAAAAUUCUCUUGAUAACUCCACUCCUGAUUUGGUAUGUAAAGCAUGGACUCAAAGUGACGAAGAUAUACCAGGUCAUCCAAUUCGAUCCGAAGGAGUGCUUCAAACGAUUCGGAGAUGAAGUGUCUGACGACCGAAGAGCUGGUGACGCUGACAUCAGUAAAAAGAUCAUUGGUGAUACAUCAAAGCUUAUAGGUAACAGUGUGUAUAGACAUUCGAUCAUGGACAAAUCGAAGCACACUGCGGUUAAGUUUUGUGGAAUCGAGAAAGCGUCAAAAGCUAUCAACGAUCCCUUCUUCAGUUCAUUUGAGGAGUGUGGUGAAGAAACGUUCGAGAUAACGCUGAAAAAGAAGUCUAUCAAACACGACCUACCGAUCCAGUUAGGCUUCUUUGUAUAUCAGUAUGCUAAGAUGCGAAUGCUUAGCUUUUACUACGAUGUUGUCGAUCGAUUCGUUGACAGACAAGACUACUGUGUUUUAGAGAUGGAUACAGACAGUUUGUAUCUUGCUGUCAGUGGAAUGGAUUUAGACAGUGUUGUAAAGCCUGAAAUGACACAAGAAUGGGAGGAAGCUAAAAAGAAGUGGUUUCCACGGAUUGACAGCAAAUCCAAUGCGGCAUACGAUCUAAGGACCCCAGGAUUGUUCAAGAUGGAAUGGGAAGGUGACGGGUUUGUCGGCUUGGCUGCCAAAACUUAUUACUGCUUCCAUAACAACUCUCCCGACAAGGAUAAACAUAGUGCAAAGGGUAUCAACAGACAUUUUCGCCUGAGCAAAGAAGAUUAUUUGAAGGUUCUCAACAAAGACCCGAAACAAGAAUUACAAGUAAACAAGGGAUUCAUUGUCAAAGGACAAAGCAUGUACACAUACGAACUCACCAAAAAGGGCCUCGAUCAUUUAUAUGUCAAGAGGAAGGUUUUAGAUAACGGUAUUAGCACGACUUAUUUAGAUAUUUGAGGUGGUGUGUGAUCAUCGACUAAUUGAGAUGAAAAAUUGCCACGGUUUUAUUUUAUU